GGGAUGGUAAGAUCUCUCUCUCUGAUUCAACCAUGUGCUGUCUAUCUUUGCCCUUUGCAAAGGGGCUUUCUUUUCCCUUUUCAUGCCCAGUUCUGUCUUUUAACCUCUCUUUAUAUAUUUCUCUCUUAUUUAACUCUUUUUAAAUGCUUUUAUUUCUGAACCUACGCUUGUAUUUAAUAGUUUAAAUGCUUUUCUAUUAACAGGCUCUGCCUUAGUAAAUUUCCUUUUUUGGCCAUGUGUGUUCUUUUUAAAUCUAGUUUUCAAUAUUAUUUAAUGUUUUAAAUGCUUUUUCUUAACCUACCCUGAUAUUUAAUAGUUUAAUUUUGUUUUUCUUAACCUGCUUUUAUAGUUUUUAUCAUGUGCUUACUAAACAGGCUUUGCCUUAGUAAAUUCCCUUUUGAACCUAGCUUUAUAGUUUUUAAUGUUAUUUAAUAUUUUAAAUAUUAUUUAAUGUUUUAAAUUUAAUGAUUCUUAACCUACCCUGAUAUUUAAUAGUUUAAAUGUUUUUUAUUAGCUACCCUUUAUAAUUUUUACCAUGUGCUUACUAAACAGGCUUUGCCUUAGUAAAUUCUCUUUUUAAACCUAGUUUUCAAUAUUAUUUAAUGUUUUAAAUGCUCUUUUAAUAAUCUACCCUGAUAUUUAAUAGUUUAAUUGUGUUUUUCUUAACCACCCUUUACAGUUUUUACCAUGUGCUUACUAAACAGGCUCUGCCUUAGUAAAUUUCCUUUUUUGGCCAUGUGUGUUCUUUUUAAACCUAGUUUUCUCUUUUAUUUAACUUUUUUUAAAUGUUCUUUUCUUAACCUGCCCUUAUAUUUAAUACACCUUUUACAUUUAUCUCAAAAUUUUCUAUUCUUUAAUAACAUGCCAAACGAGGUCUUUAAAAUCAUCUCUCCUCACUCAACCUCACCAAAUAACCUUUCUUUCCUUUUUUCCUCUAAACCAUACCCAAACUUUCUUUUUUAUCUUUAAAUUCUCUCACUCUGUUCUUUCAACCUUUUGCUCUAUAGGUAUCAAGGCACAAACACAACACUCUCCCUAUUCAAACAUAACAUUUUUUCAGAAUGGCCAAUGGCACCAAACUUCAGCGCCAACGGAAACGGGGAUGGAGGGCUUGACAUAAGCCCUAAAUGGGGCAUGGAAACCUCUCAAAAAUACAUGGGUGAAGGUAAAGUCCGAAUUUCCUAUGAGCUGUCAGAAGGGGAAAAACUAGGGACAAGCAACAGAAAGGUGCAGGUGAAGAAAUGCCUGGAUAGCCUUGGGAUUCCCUGUAAUCUGGAAGAUGUGCCCAAUAUUGCCGUCCUGGGAGCUGGGGGAGGUCUGCGGGCCAUGAUCGCCCUUCAUGGAACCCUGCAGGAGCUACAAAAGCAUGGUCUCCUGGACACCGUCAUGUACCUGUGUGGGGUCUCAGGUGCAACAUGGUGUAUGUCCUCUCUCUACAAAAAUGGGGACUGGGCAGAGAAAUUGCAGGCCUUGGAGAAACACAUGUGUGAUGCACUUACCAAAUCCAGCUGGUACCUCGGAAAGGCCACGGAAAUGCUACUCGAGGCAGCUAAGGAUGCAAAGUAUUCCCUGACUGAGUUCUGGGCCUACACUGUGGUCUAUGGCAUGUUACAUGAGCUGAACAAGGGGCACUUGUCAGAGCAGAGGGGUGCGUCUGAGAGUGGAAAAAACCCCUACCCCAUCUAUGCAGCUGUGGAUGAGCAUAGUUUCUGCAAAGUCACUGAAUACGCUCCAGAAACCUGGUUCGAGUUCACCCCCCAUGAAGCCAGUUUCCUUGGCUAUGGAGCAAGUGUACCCACUGAAUACUUUGGAAGUGAAUACAAGAAUGGGGUGCUCAAGAAUCACAAAGAAGAGGAAAAUAUGAGCUACCUACAAGGUUUGUGGGGAAGUUGCAUUGGCAGCAAAGCAGAAAAUGAAAAAGUCUUAAAAGAUAUAUUCUUUGGCAUCUUUAAGGGAAAAAAAGAAUCAUGUUUAGCAUUUGCAAUGGAUGAUGAAAGUGGUUCGGAAGGAACAUUGGAAGGGUUUCCAGCACCCUCUGUUGAAUCUGAAGCCGGUAUUACGGACUGUUCAAUUAUUGGAGAUGUGGUGAGUGGCAUAGCAGGCUCAGCAGUGGAUUUAGCUAGGAUGUUCUCUAAAACCGCUCACGAUCUCUUGCACUGGAAAUGGGGAACCAAUAGUAACUUUCUUUACAAAUGCUCUGGUAUUGGCAACCCUGAGCUGGUGAACAAUAAAGUCUUCUCCUUGGUUGAUGCUGGCAUAGCCAUAAACUGUGCUUACCCUCUGGUUCUCCGCCAAGACAGGAAAGUGAAACUGAUCCUCUCCUUUGACUAUGGGCCUGGUGAUCCGUUUAAGACACUCAAGCAAGCUGCCAAAUACUGUGAAGAUAACCACAUCCCAUUUCCUAAGGUGGACGAGAACUUGCUCCAAGACACAGAUAACCCGUCUGACUGCUACGUCUUCAGAGGAGAGGGUGCUCCUACUGUCAUGCAUUUCCCACUUUUCAACAAAGUGAAUUGCCCGGGCUAUGUGGAGGAAUGGAGAAUUAAAUUCACCCCCAUUCGCUUUCUCUACAAAGAGGGAGACGUCCAAAAACUCCUUCAGUCAGCCAGGAUGAAUGUGUCGAACAACAAAGACAAGAUUCUGCAAGAGAUCAAACACAUUGUGGCUUGCUCCAGCAAGAAGGCAAGGUCUUAAGAAGACUUUUUCAUCUAUGUCCUGUAUACAUUAAAGCCACCCAGUAGAUUCUGAAAACUACAGAAUUGUCACCUGGCUGGAAAAUGUCAUUAUUUGGGAUCACAGUGGGGAGAGGAGUCUCAGCUUCUGCUAUGAAAGCACUAGUCCCUAGCUUGUUAGUUAACCCCAUAAUGUGACUGCACUUUAGUCGAGGAAUUCUGAUUCUGCACAUUAGUCAAAGAAAAAUUCUCUCUUGGUAUAAAUCAUUCUUUGCUUGCUGUUGUGAAAUAUUGCUCAAUCAGUCUCUGCUCUGUGUGAUGCCAGAUGCCUUUGUCUCCUGUUGCACAAUUAAUGUUCAAUCAAUAAAGCCUAUAACAUCA